UCGUCCAUUCCUCAGUAAACGGCUGUGAAUUAUUUGUUUUUGUCAAUUUCUCCCAAUCUGGAGAUCUGCAGUUUUGAGAUGGUUAUCCGGAAUCGAAAAAUCAAUGCUUGUGCAGCUGGGAGAUUCAACAACCCAAUUGAUCGAUACCAAUCUUUAUCAAUCAAAGAAUGCCUCUCCAAACCCUCCCAAUAUUUCUUCGCAUCUAAACAAUUGAGCUUCCUUCUUAAAAAUGCCUACUCUAAGUUCCCCAAAAAUCUUCAAUCGCUCAUUUUUCAGGAUACAAUUUUCGCUUUCCGCCUUCUCCCCGAGAUGCAGACGCAGUCAGCAAUUUCAGCUGCUAAUUCUCUUCUGCAAAGUGCGGAAUUUGCUUUGCCGAGGCAAAAGAGAGCAUUGGCUGUCACGGAACACAAGCAUGCAGUUGUUGCAAGUAAGAGAAAAUCCAAGACAAAUAAAGAAGAAGUUAUAGAUCAGCUUCCUCAGGAUGUUCUUGUACACAUAUUUGGCUUCUUAGAUGUGAAAUCUCUACUUUCUGCUUCUGCAGUCUGCCGGUCAUGGAAUGGUGCUGCUGGUGACAACUGUCUAUGGAAAUUGUUGUAUGACACUUACUUUAGCAAUUGUGAGAAUAUUGUGAAGAACAAGGGACUUGAAACAGUUGGAACGAGUAAAAAUGAGAUGCGUCAGAUUGAAAGCAUUACAUCAUUUGGUGUUAACUAUAGAUUUGCAUUUGAAGCGGCCUAUAAAGAUGAAAAACUGGGAUGUUGUACAGGAUACUGUUCAAGUUGCCAUUCAAUCGUGUGGCUUAAUCGCAACAGAUGUUCCAAUCAGACCGGUAGAAGAAAUGAAGUAGAGCACCAAAUCAUGCCUAUAUCUAUAGAAAAGAUUGAUGACUUCAUUUUAAAUGGCUUUGUGUCAUCUGAGUCUUCCUCAGAUAGUGACAGUGAUACCGAUGAUGAGUUUGCCUUGAGGCUAUGGGCCUAUCCUAGACAAUAUUAGCUGAUAAACACCAUGUUAUGAAAUGUUGUAAAUUGUGUUUUUAGGUUUUUGGAGAGGCCAGCAUCUCAUUCAAUGGUAUUUUUCGCAUUGUCUGGGUUAAGGGUUAAUUUAUCACAGGAGAUUUUAUGUUGUGAAAGAGUAGGCUUCUGCCAUCCAUUGUCUCCUCUUAAGCUCUCAGCUAUGUUAAUAUAGUAGAAGACAAGUAGUUAGUUGACAGUCACAGACGAAUUCAAUAAACUAAUUUAUCAUUGUUAAAUGAAUACAUUUAUACUUUUAUCA